AAAAGGGAAGAGGAAGUUCCACUGCUACUGCCACAUUUGGCAUUUCGAUCUCUCACCCUGCCGACAUCAGUGACUUAACAGGACUUUUGUCAUACUGUCCAAAAAGUGUGAGAAUUGUUGUGAGAACUGUUGCGCCUGAAUCAGGCGCUUGUGAAGAACUGUUUAUUCCAGCUUGUAUCAGGGUGGAUUUUUCUUUUUUACUAUCGCUAGAAAAUUCUCUAAUGUCAGCAGCAGCCCAGGCUUUGUCCAUAUUUGUUGUAGGUAUUUUUUAGCCUUUUUUUACAAACAGAAAUUAAAUCCAAAUGGAAAAAAAAUGUUUUGCUCUCAUUUUCAUUUUUUUUUUUUUUUUUUUUUCAAAUGUUGUGAAUAUGUUGAUUAUUUUUUGUUUGUGAUGUGCUUUAUGAUUAAGGGUAUUAUGUUGCUUCCCAACAAUGCUCAUGAUAUAAAAAGGCCUUUUAUGUGGAACAAUAUAUGCAAACAAAUUCUUGUUUUGAGAUGUAUGUGAUUCAUUUGAUUUCUCAUCACUUAAUGAAUCCAAACAAGCAUCGACUGGUCACCACCAUAAUGGGUGUGAGUCUUCUUUUAAAAAAAAAUACUUCCGUGUUUGUGUAUAUGGGAGUACAAAAUUGUCCUAAAUAUAGUGAAGUCUUUUGCUGCUAUAUUGUUUCACUUUUAUUGUGCAACGCACAGUUUUCCGUCCGUGCGAUCAGUGGUAUGGUGUGACAUGGGAAAGUACGCGGAGAGAGACAGUACUCCGUAUCUGAGCAUUGAGUAAACCCUUGUUCCGUAAUCGCGUGACUGCAAUGCCUAUAGUGACGAGAUGGUGGCUUAUUUACCAAACGAUUAAAACACAUUUGGAGAGGCGAUGUUACAUGUAAACAUGGACAAAGAAGAUACAAGACGAUCUGGAUACUGUCCGUUCGAAAGGCAGGAAGUGAAUAUAACCUCUCGAUCUGACUGGGGAGCCAUGGACGCCCGGAGUAAAAAAGAAAUGAGUGAACCUGCCAAGAGAGUGGUCAUCCACCACACGACAAUCCGGAAUUGUGCUACUGCACAGGAUUGUAUGGAACAAGUAAUCCGUAUACAGAAGAUGCACGUGAGGGAUAGAGACUUUGAUGACAUCGGUUACAGCUUCUUAGUCGGGCAAAAUGGGAUGCUAUAUGAGGGACGCGGAUGGGGCAUCGUUGGGGCGCACAGCAAAGGACAUAACCUGGACUCUGUUGGGAUCGCGUUCAUGGGCAAUUUUAACGAUGAUGUUCCUACUUCUGCAGCUUUGUCAUCCGUCAAACGCCUGCUACAGGAUGGGGUGUUACAGGGCUUCUUGAUCUCCAAUUACACCAUUUUGGGGCACAGGGACUUGGCGAGUACUGAGUGCCCCGGAAAUAAACUUUAUUCUGAAAUACAACGCCUCAGGUCUGAUAGGUAAUAAGUCUACUGACAUUCUCUAAUGUUUGUUUAUCUAAAUAUUUUCAUUGACAAGACUAUGGGUGAGUGGUGGCGGGUUGAAACACUGCAUUGUUCAGUGUUUCCAUCAAGUCGAUGUGGUGAGUAACUUUUGUUAGCUCUGCACAUUUGAUAAUACAUAAAGAACAGCUACCAUUUGUAUCUGUUUGAAGACCAUUAUACUGACAUAUUUUAUUUAUGCAUUGCCGACACAUGUUCUGUUCUCUAAGAACGCCAACCUCUAAAUUGUGCGAUUUGUCAAUGGGUGGGGGGUAAAUGUUUGUAGGCCUACAUGGAAAUGUUUAUAAUGUGUAU